ACAGAUUUUCACAUUGAUCGAUGUGGGGACACCAACCACAAUGAGGAACUCCGGUACAUUUCGGGCAUCAUUUCUCUCGAUUGUCAUUUUUCUCCUGCUAAUUCCUGAAGAUUUCUGUGUAAAUAUUAUUGGAGGACAUGAAGUGAAUCCUCAUUCGAGACCCUACAUGGUGCUGCUUAAAGGAAAAAGUAUCUGUGGUGGAGCUUUGAUCGCAGAAAACUGGGUAUUGACUGCAGCUCACUGUGACCUGGACAGAAAGACCCAGGUCAUUCUUGGAGCUCACUCAAUAACCAAGCGUGAGCCAGAAAAACAGAUACUGUCCAUUAAGAAACAAUUUCCCUAUCCAUGUUAUGACAGUGUCUCCAAUGAGGGUGAUCUUAAACUUGUACAGCUGUCUAAAAGAGCCAAAAUUAAUAAAAAUGUGGCUAUCCUGCCUCUCCCUAAAAUGGGGAAUGAUGUAGAAUCAGGAACGGUGUGUCACGUUGCAGGAUGGGGUUUGGUUCACAAUAAACCACCUGGGUCCGAUACUCUGAGAGAAGUCAAUGUCACUGUCAUAGACAGAAGAACCUGCAAUGAUGAAAAGCACUAUAAUUAUAAUCCCAUGAUUGGACUGAAUAUGAUUUGUGCUGGAAACCUCAAAGGUGGAAAAGACUCUUGCGAUGGAGAUUCUGGAAGCCCUCUGAUCUGUAAGGGUACUUUCAGAGGCAUCACUUCCUUUGGCCUUCCAGGAAAGUGCGGAGACCCUCGAGGACCUGGUGUCUAUAUGCUUCUCACAAAGAAAUACCUCAAAUGGAUAAUUAAUACCAUAAAAGGGGUAGUUUAGAUCCUUGUGUUUCAUUUGAUUUGCUGUCACUUUUUAAUCCUGUCAUAAAUAAAAUCAAUUUGCA